UUAAUUAAUGAAACGAUUAGUUAAGCGAUGAAAUUAAUUAAUGAAAUGAUUAGUUAAACGAUGAAAUUAAUUAAUGAAACGAUUAAUAUUAGCAAACAAUCACGAAAUGAGGAAUCAAGCAUGACUGCAACUACCUCAAGCUCGAAAUCAUUAAGUGUAAGCACAAAAUCAGCUGAUAAAUUUCGUGAAGGUGUAAAAACUAAUUUCAAUCUUGGCGAUAACAAUGUAUUAUCUAUUUUAAAAUCCAAAAAUGAUCCGAAUUCGGUCAUUUAUGAUUUACAAAAUUCAAAUGGUUGUAAAAUACAUUUGGAAAAAAUGGACAAUCGAGCGAUGCUACUAUCAGUGGAUGAUACUGGGAAACGUCUUUAUAUUAGCUGUAAUUUUUAA